UGUGCCUCAGUGCUAAUCUAAACAAAAACAUUUAUUUCUAACCUCAAAAAAGUUUUAUGAGGGUUAACAAAUUGAAUUAAUCAUAAUGACAUCUUUUAAAUUUAACUUUUCAGCAGAUGAGAAGGAAAACACUGAAACGGAAAGCAAUACAGUAAGUGCUCAUACUGGUCAAAAUAUUAAAUGGCAAGAAAGUGAAAUUGUGAAACCAGACACGCAAGUUAAGAAUCUUGAUACGAUUGCUGCACGCGCUAAUAUAUUUGUUUUCGAAGAUGUAGAGAUUGGCCAUAUAAUUCCAAGUACCGCCUUAUCCUUAAUUGAUGAGAAUCAGAGUGAUAUUGUAGCCGCAGAAAGUCAACACAGUGAUCUCGUCACAGGAAAAUAUGAAGGGGGACUUAAGAUUUGGGAAUGUACCAGUGAUUUAAUUGAAUAUUUAGAAAAUCAUAAAACUGAAAUAUCACUUAAAGAUACAAAAGUACUUGAUUUAGGUUGUGGAGCCGGAUUAGUAGGAAUAUAUGCCUUUUUAAAUGGUGCUAAAGUAACUUUCCAAGACUAUAACAAAGAAGUACUUGAACAUGUCACUAUACCUAAUGUUCUUUUGAAUAUUGACGAAGAGGAGGAUCGUGAGAAACAAAUAGCUCAGUGUUCAUUCUACUCUGGGGAUUGGGCUUCAUUUAUGAAUAUAUUGGAAGAAAGUGAACUAUUCAAUUUUAUUUUGACUUCAGAGACAAUUUACAACUCUGAAAACUAUGACAAAUUAAUAGAGCUCUUUUUAAGAAGACUAAGCCAAGAUGGAGUUGUAUUUGUGGCUGCCAAGACAUACUAUUUCGGUGUAGGUGGAGGCACUAGACAGUUUGAAGAAUGUAUCUCAAAAAGUUUAAAAUUAAAGAGUGAGGUUGUUUGGCUUAGUUCUGGUGGGGUGAAGCGAGAAAUUUUAAAAAUAACUAGAAUUAAUACUAAUUAAAAAUAUAUUUCAUUU